AGAUUUAGCCCUCGAGAAAUUUCUUCUCCCAAACUAUAGCCCUCCUUCCAACCCGCUAAAACCCUUCUUCAUCGGCAAACGCAAAGUGCACUGGUCUAGCCACAACCGUCUCUCGCCGAAUAUCGAACAAGGCUAGACGUCACUUCACUCUUCUCCUUCUUCUCUGAUUCGAGUAUUUAGCAUCCGUAACCCUACUUUUACAAGUGGGUUUUGCCAAUACCUCUGCCGUUUUCAGUGCCAGUAUAUCACAGAACCUUAGGAUUUGUAUGUUUGCUCAAAAUAAUUUCAGAGCAUCCCGUGAUGUUUUUGCUUGUUCGUCUUUGAAUGCGUAGAUUUAGAUAUGAAGAUUGCAGUGGAAGGGUGUAUGCAUGGAGAUUUGGACAACGUGUACGCGACGCUUUUGCAUUUGCAGGAAGUAGAGAAGACCAAAAUCGACCUCCUCAUUUGCUGUGGUGACUUCCAGGCUGUUAGGAAUGAGAAGGAUUUGGAAAGCUUAAACGUGAAGCCUAAAUUUCGUAGCAUGAACUCUUUCUGGAAGUACUACUUAGGGGAAAAAGUAGCUCCGUUUCCUACCAUAUUCAUAGGCGGCAAUCACGAAGCAUCGAAUUACCUGUGGGAACUAUACUAUGGAGGAUGGACAGCGCCUGAUAUAUACUUCUUGGGUUUUGCUGGAGUGGUCAAGUUUGGCAACAUUCGUAUUGGAGGACUAUCUGGGAUUUAUAAAGCACACGAUUAUCAUUUAGGACAUCACGAGAGGGUGCCUUAUAACGAGAAGGAUAUCCGGUCUAUAUAUCAUGUACGUGAGUAUGAUGUCCACAAGCUCAUGCAAGUUGAGGAACCAAUUGAUAUAUUCCUUUCACAUGACUGGCCUAUUGGUAUCACUGACCACGGAGAUUGGAAGACGCUUGUUCGACAUAAACCGUUUUUCAACCAAGAGAUACAGGAGAGAACCCUGGGAAGUAAACCUGCUGCAGAAUUGCUAGAAAAAUUGAAACCACCUUAUUGGUUUUCAGCACAUCUACACUGCAAAUUUGCUGCUUUAGUUCAACAUGGAGAGGGAGGCGCGGUGACAAAAUUUCUUGCACUUGAUAAGUGCCUCCCAGGACGCAAAUUUUUGCAGAUUUUUGAAAUUGAAUCCGAGCCAGGACCUUUUGAGAUCCAGUAUGAUGAAGAAUGGCUUGCAAUAACGAGGAAGUUUAACUCUAUCCUUCCUCUAACCACUAGAAGAUCAAAUUUUGGGAGUUUACAGCUUGACAUGCAAGAAUGUCGCCAAUGGGUUAGCCAUAAGCUACAGACAAGAGGGGCUAAACCUUUUGAGUUUGUGCAGACAGUUCCGUGCCACAAUCCCUCUGGUUCUGUUUCAAAUGUUUCUUCUAUGGGAUAUUUUAGAAACCCUCAAACAGAAGCUUUCUUACAGUUUCUAGAACUUCCUUAUCUUCUUGAUAACACAUCGGAAUCAAGGGAGCAAACCAAUAGUCAGGCUUCCUUUAUUUCUAGAGGUGUUUCCUUUGAUCAUGACAGCGAUGUGGACGAAAUAGAACUUUCUGAAGUUGAUGAUGCAGAUGAGUAGGAGGAAAUCAUGUAGAGCAUUGGGGUAAACAUUUUCCAGCUCUGCCACCCAGUUAAUGUUGGGUUGAACUCUUCAUCAUGUUUCAGAGCUUGAAAUGAACUGAUCAUAGUGUAUAAACGAUGUUAACUAGUUAACGCGGUGACAUGAUUCCUUGUGAUAUUCAUGUUUCCACCUGGGUUACAAAGUUGAGCUAUCUUUUUACA